AUGGGUGGAUCUCAAAGCUCUGCUAAAGGAUAUGGUUAUCACAUAUUAAGGGUUAAAGAAAAUUCACCCGCUCAUACUGCUGGAAUAGAACCAUUUUUUGAUUAUAUAGUUGGAAUUAACGGAAUACCGCUGGACACAGAAACCUCUGUGUUUCAAGAACAAUUAUUGUUUAAUGUCGAUAAGGAAGUUAUAUUAUUAGUAUAUUCUACCAAAGAACAAGAGUAUAGAGACAUUGCUCCUGAUAGUCCUGCCGAGAUGGCCGGUUUGGUUCCUUCAACUGAUUAUGUUAUCGGAACACCACAUGAAGCAUUACGUAGCGAAAAUGAUUUUUAUGAAUUGAUUGAAGCCCAUUUAGGAAAACCACUCCGUCUUUACGUUUAUAAUGCUGAUUUUGACGUUUGCCGGGAGGUUAUCAUUGUUCCUAAUCACGAAUGGGGCGGAGAAGGAUCUUUGGGUUAUUUACAUAGAAUUCCAAAAACCAAUAAAUUCAAGUCUCGUGAACGAAAUUUUGAAUUAUCAUGGAACUCUUCUACAUAUCCACUUCUUCAUCCUUCGUCCGAACAGCCUUCAAGUACUAUUGCUUCUGCAUUCAAUCUUGAUGAAGAAGUUUCUGAGAAUGAAAAACAUACAUACUCAAACCAACCUGGCGAUUCAACUCCUGCUGAGAUAGUUAAAGAAGAAGUUAGGAAUCAAAGUGAUGGUUAUAAUGAACAAAUAAUAAACGAUGAUCAAGUUUCAAUUAAAUCUGAAAAUAGAUCGAUUUCAAAUGGUGAUGAAAGUGAGAGUAUAGUCAUUGUUGAAAAGGAAAAUUAA